AUGGCGCCAACUUUCGCCAUGCUGGGCUCCGAGGAAUGCCCCGGAGUGGUCUCUCUCAUGCCCAGCAAGUUGGACCAGCGCGUGGAUAAGCUGCGGUCAGAGGGCCAGAAAUGCGACGUAACAGUCACCUAUCUAGAAGUCUACAACAAGGUUGUUCGAGACCUGCAGUGCCUUGACCUGGCCAAGGGCAUUGACAUAUUGUACCUCACCAUCCAAAAGGUGAAGGAGGCCGGCAUUCUCCUCGAGCCGCUCUUGAAAGGAAACAAGAACCGGACGCAGAAUGCCACCGACGCUAAUGCUGAGUCUGCUUGGUCACACGCCAUCUUGCAGAGCUACGUCAAACUGUGGCCAGUAGGGACACAAAUGUUCAGGAUGCGCGAGGGUACCAAGCUUAACCUGUCGCUGCUGGCCCUCGGCAACUGCAUCGACGCCCGCUCGAAGAAAGGGACCCAGCAGGUGCCGUACCAGGACUCCCAGCACACCCACAUCCUGAAGGACUCGCUGGGUGGCUCGGGCAGCGCCUUCAUGAUUGGGACAGUGACGGCGGUGAAUCUCAGCUACGUGGAAACGUACACCACCUUGGAGUAUGCGCUGAGCAUACUCCAAGGAGCGCACUGA